CAAACGAAGCUAAAAUACAGGUUGGGAUUUCAGCUGAAUUCAUUAAUUUCAACGUAAAUAAUAUUUUAAAUUCUGACUUCGUCUCGAUUCACGAAGCUAACCAAUGGAUUAUUAUUACAAAAAAAAGUGCAUCGUCAGCGCACAGUCUUAUAAGUUCCAACUGUAAACCGAUACAAACGGUGGGUACCCAAGAUUCCCUCUCAAAUAUCCAUUAUAUUACUCCUAUAUGGUAUUAUUUGUAUGUAUAUAUCUAUAUAUAUAAUUCUCACCUUCUCUAAGCUUGCUCACAACUUUCUCCAUAUUCAUUUCACAAAAAAAAAAAAAAAAAGGCAUUAUACUAAAAUUAAAAUCAUUUUCCGAUGAUCCAAUCACUAACUCUAUCCGCCGGAGUCUCCUUCCCGACGGCUACAUUUCUCCGACGGAGUAACCGGACAUCAUCAGUAUAUGCAGCCGCGACAGCGGCUGCUUCGCCGGUUUUACAGAGGAGGAAACCGGGGAGUUUCUACGAUGUGCUAAGAGUUAAAGAGAAUGCGUCAGUUAAAGAGAUUAAAGCAGCGUACCGGAAUUUAGCGAAGGUGUAUCAUCCCGACGUUGCAUGUCGGCCGGAGGAAUAUUCCGAUGAUCGGAAUUUUAUUGAGAUUCACGAAGCUUAUGCUACGUUGUCGGAUCCUAUUUCGAGGGAUUUGUAUGACUUGAAGUUGAAUUUGAGCUCCCGUCCAGGAGUUUUUCGGAGCACCGGAGAUGGAAUUCGGGUUAAUGGGUCGGAGUUUUACCCGACCCGAAGAUGGGAAACGGAUCAGUGUUGGUGAUGUUGGAAUGAUUAAGGGACCCACAUUUUGCCGCGUGAACACAUUGUACAUAUUAUCAAUUGGCAUUUUAGCUGAAGACUUUUCAUUUCGGUUCCUUUCGGUGUCGGCAAUCACAUUCAAGUCCAAUUAAAUUCAAAUUUGCAUCCAAAGUUCCACAUUGGGGUAAAGCGUUCUCCUUAACAAAGGUGACUUCAAACCAGGAACUCGAAUCCGAAAUUUCACUGAUUAAAGAUAAAAAAGCACUUACCGCUAUGAUAUUUUAGCUGGAGAUUGUAUAUAAUCCUGAAUCUUUUUUGCUAUUUUAUUUUUUGUUUCAAUUUAUGCUACCUUAUGAGUUGUGAGGAGCCAAUUGGAAUAUUUUGUUUCCAUUUAUGCUACUUUAUGAGUUAUGAGGAGCCAAUUGGAAUUUUUAUUCCUAUGAAAAUGUCUUCUUUGAGGGUAUCAGUAAAUACUUACAGUAUUUCAUAAUUGAAAUUUUAUUUCUUCUUUA